CCAUGCUUCCCUGCUGUGCGGUCAGGGCGUGCCAUGUGCUGGUGCUGGUGCUGUGUCUGUCUGCGGCUGAGGACUUCGACUGGACAAAGAACGACCGCGGCUCCUUCUAUUAUGGGACUUUUCCAGCUGGAUUUUCGUGGGGUGCCGGCAGUUCAGCCUAUCAAACAGAAGGAGCCUGGGACCAAGACGGUAAAGGACUGAGUAUCUGGGACGUGUUCUCUCACAGGAAGGGAAAGAUACUGCAGAACGACACCGGAGACUCUUCUUGCCAGGGAUACUACAAAAUCAAGGAGGACAUCUCCCUAAUGAAAGAGCUGAAGUUGGACCACUACCGGUUCUCCAUCUCCUGGCCCCGCAUCCUGCCUACUGGGAUCAAGUCUGACCAUGUGAAUGAGAAAGGGAUAAAGUACUACGAUGAGUUGAUUGACAACCUGUUGGAGAACAAGAUCACACCCAUCGUUACUCUGUACCACUGGGAUCUACCUCAGGUCCUCCAGGAGAAGUACGGGGGAUGGCAGAACCUCAGCAUGGUCAACUACUUUAAUGAGUUUGCCAACCUGUGUUUUGAGAGAUUUGGAAACCGAGUCAAAUACUGGAUCACCUUUAACAACCCCUGGUCGGUGGCGGUGGAGGGAUAUGAGACCGGUGAACACGCUCCUGGACUGAAGCUGAGAGGAACAGGGGCCUACCGGGCCGCGCAUCACAUGAUCAAGGCCCAUGCUAAAGUCUGGCACACCUAUGACACCAAGUGGAGAGGAAAACAGAAAGGGCUGGUGGGCAUCUCUCUGUCUGGAGAUUGGGGUGAACCCGUGGACAUUAGUAACCAGAAGGACAUCGAGGCAGCAGAGAGAUAUGUCCAAUUCUACAUGGGCUGGUUCGCCACUCCCAUCUUCCACGGGGACUACCCACAAGUCAUGAAGGACUUUAUUGGUCGUAAGAGUGCCCAGCAGGGUCUGGGUACGUCCCGCCUCCCCACCUUCUCUUCUCAGGAGAAGAGCUACGUUAAGGGUACCUGUGACUUCCUGGGUAUCGGUCACUUCACCACGCGUUACAUUACCCAGAAGAACUACCAGUCGGGACGCGGCAGCAGCAGCUACUUCACUGACAGAGACCUGGCUGAACUGGUGGAUCCCCGCUGGCCUGAUCCUGGAUCAGAGUGGCUCUACGCUGUCCCCUGGGGGUUCAGACGCUUGCUCAACUUCGUCAAGGCCCAGUACAAAAACCCGAUGAUCUACGUGACAGAGAACGGGGUGUCGGAGAAGAUCAUGUGCACUGAGCUCUGUGAUGACUGGAGAAUACAGUACUACAAGGACUAUACCAACGAGAUGCUGAAAGCCAUCAAAGACGGAGUGAACGUGCGCGGCUACACGGCCUGGUCUCUGCUGGACAAGUUUGAGUGGGACGAGGGCUACUCCGAGAGGUUUGGCCUGUACUACGUAGACUUCAGGAACAAGAAUAAACCGCGUUACCCAAAAGCCUCGGUUCAGUACUACAAACGCAUCAUCAGCUCCAACGGAUUCCCCAACCAGAGAGAGGUAGAGAAUUGGAAGAGGAAGGCCACAGAGACCUGCUCUUCCAGUAACCAGCUCCUGGCUGCAGACCCCCUGACCAGCCAUAUGGAGAUGGUAACUGAGGUCGUGGUUCCCACUGUGUGCACCCUGUGUAUUCUCCUCUCGGCUGUCUUCCUCAUGUUCCUGCUACGGAGACACAACUAGAUAUACUACUACUACACACAACUAGAUAUACUACUACUACACACAACUAGAUAUACUACUACUACUACACACAACUAGAUAUACUACUACUACUACACACAACUAGAUAUACUACUACUACACACAACUAGAUAUACUACUACUACACACAACUAGAUAUACUACUACUACACAACUAGAUAUACUACUACAACACAACUAGAUAUACUACUACUACACAACUAGAUAUAAUACUACUACUACACAACUAGAUAUAAUACUACUACUACACAACUAGAUAUAAUACUACUACUACUACUACACAACUAGAUAUACUACUACACACAACUAGAUAUACUACACACAACUAGAUAUACUACUACUACUACACAACUAGAUAUACUACUACACACAACUAGAUAUACUACUACUACACAACUAGAUAUACUACUACUACACAACUAGAUAUACUACUACUACACAACUAGAUAUACUACUACUACACAACUAGAUAUACUACUACAACUAGAUAUACUACUACUACACAACUAGAUAUACUACUACUACUACACAACUAGAUAUAAUACUACUACUACUACACAACUAGAUAUAAUACUACUACUACACACAACUAGAUAUACUACUACACACAACUAGAUAUACUACACACAACUAGAUAUACU